AUGAACGACCUGAUGACAAAAUCCUUCACCAACUAUGUGGAUCUAAAGAAAGAGGCUAUGAAAGAUUUGGACCUUGAAGCUGGGCAUAAUAAUGUGGAGAUGUCAUCUUCCACGACCCAUAUGCACACCGACCUUGGUCUGUUCUUGGAAGAGGCCGAGAAGGUGAAGCAGGAGAUGGGUUCUGUCCGGGACAUUCUGGGCCGUCUACAGCAAGCCAACGAAGAGAGCAAGUCCCUCCACAAGUCUGAGGCUUUGCAGUCCUUGCGCAGCAGAAUUAAUGCGGACAUUAUGACGGUGCUGAAGAAAACCAGGACUAUCAGAUCUCAGCUGGAGGACAUGGACCGCGCCAACGCCGCCAACAGGAGGCUCUCCGCCUACAAAGAAGGCACCCCGAUUUACAGGACCAGAAUUGCCGUCACCAACGGACUGCGAAAGAAGCUCAAGGAGCUUAUGAUGGAUUUCCAGGGCCUGAGGCAGAGGAUGAUGACCGAGUACAAGGAGACUGUGGGGAGACGCUACUUCACGGUGACUGGAGAGCACCCGGAUGAGGAGGUUAUCGAAAAGAUCAUCUCGAAUGGGGAUGGAAACGGCGGCGAGGAGUUUCUUGGGAAGGCCAUACAAGAGCAUGGGAGGGGAAAGGUGCUGGGAAACUGUGGUGGAGAUACAGGACAGGCACGACGCGGCGAAGGAGAUUGA